AUGCCCCUGAUCCUCUGCGCUAGUAAACAGAAACCCCCAUCCCCCUCCCCCGUUUUCUCUCCUCUCCCAUCCAUUUUUGCCAGCCCGUGCCUCUGCUCCCCUCUCCCCAGGAAGCUCCAAGCUGGCAGGCCAGCAAGGCCAGCGUCGGGCAUCCGGGGAUCCGAGGGGCCCCUGCGACUGGGCCGAGCCUGGGCUCGCUUGGCUGGAGCCCCAAAGAUUCUGGUUCCCUGGAGGACCACCCUGACAAGGAUCGGGGGCCAGUACGGGGCAGGCACCGAGUCCUACUUCACCCUACUUCGCUUUCUGCUGGGUUUGAACAUUCUGGGGGCCUUGUUCCAAGGAGCGCUGACCCUGCUGCCCCUCCUCCUGUUGGGGCCCAUCCCGGGGCCACCCUCGCAGGGGGUUCAUCAGCCCUGCGGCCCCUAUGACCCGCUGCCCCAGGGCCUUGUGGAUUAUCCCACGCUCCUCAUCAACCUGCUCUCUGGAGAGGGUCAUCUAGAGUGGUCCCCCCUCUUUUACGGUUUCUACCCCGCCCAGCUGAGCGGCGGCACCUUCCGGCUGCCAGUCGCCUACUUGUUGUCCACUUUCGUCUCCGGGCUCCUCUGCCUCCUCCUGAUCCUCCACAGGUCGGUGUCCGGACUGAAGCAGACCCUGCUGAGCGAGUCUGGGGCCCUGACCAGCUACAGCCACCGCAUCUUCUCCGCUUGGGACUUCGGGCUCCGGGGCGCGGGCCCGGUGGAGCUCCGCAGGCGCGCGCUGCGCUACGAGCUGCAGGUGGAGCUGGAGGAGGCCUCGGAGAGGAAGCGCGCCGAGGCCCGGACCCGGGCGCAGUGGGCCGGCCUGUGGGCGACCAGGAUACUGCUCAACCUGCUGGUGCUCGCCAUGCUGGGGGCGGCCUUUUACGGGAUCUACUGGGCCGUGGACCCCAACAAGGUUUUGCAGAACGUCCCUGUGGUCCUGGAGACGCCCGUCCUGAGGCUGCUGGUCGCCUAUCUGCCGUCCAUCUUUAUAUCUGCUGCUAACCUCCUCCUGCCUCCCGUCUUCGGCCUGAUCACGGGCCUGGAGGGCUACCCCCGCAGUCGCCAGCUCCAGCUCCUGCUGCUCAGGACCGUGUUUCUCCGCCUGGCCUCACUGGUAGUCCUGCUGGCGUCCCUCUGGAACGAGAUCACCUGCGGGGGCAAGCCCGAGGCCGAGGCCUGUGCCACCUGCGGCUACAACUCCGCCGAGCGCCCGUGUUGGGAAACCCGAGUGGGACAGGAGAUGUACAAGCUCCUGCUGUUCGACCUGCUGACCGCCCUGGCCAUCCCGCUGCUGGUCCAGUUCCCGCGCAAACUCCUGGGCACUGUGUGCUGCGGCCGCCUGGGCCGGCUGCUGGGCACCAUGGAGUUCCAGGUCCCGGAGGAGGUGCUGGGGCUCGUGUACGGGCAGACGCUGGUCUGGAUAGGGGCCUUCUACUGCCCCCUCCUAGCGGGGCUCAACGCAAUCAAAUUCCUGAUCAUCUUCUACCUGAAGAGGUUCUCGCUCUUCUUCUUCUGUUCUCCGGCCUCCCGCACGUUCCGGGCGUCGGCCGCGAACUUCUUCUUCCCGCUGGUGCUGCUCCUGGGCUUGGCCAUCUCGGCCGUCCCCGUGCUCUACGGCAUCUUCGUGAUCCCACCGUCCAAGCUGUGUGGCCCCUUCCGGGGCCAAGUGACCAUCUGGGCGGCCGUGCCUCACGCCAUCCAGGGCCUGCCCCGGACGGCCCGAGAUUUCCUUUUCUUCCUGGGGACCCUAAGCUUCGCUGUCCCUCUGAUGCUCGUGUCAAGCGUCCUGAUGGUCUACACCCUGACUCUGGCCAGUUCCUACGGCCGCCAGGUCUCCAAGCUGAAGGGGCACAUAAAGAUGGAAAGCAAAAGUAAAGUACUCUUGGCCCAGAGGAUUGUGGCGCUCAGCGGGGAGGAGCGGGACCUCUGAUGCCGAGAAGCCACCGGAGCGGGCUCGGGGGUCGGCGGGGAGGGGAGGGACGCCGUCCAACUCUCGCCCGCCAGGAGUGGGAGGCACGGAGACUACAGGUCCCAUGAGAUCUCGCGGCAGAAGUGCCCUAGGGCAUUCUGGGAGAAUGAAAGCCUCCUGGCCAAUCCGCCGGACAGUGGGGUGGGUUGUAAAGGUCGCCUGAAAUCCAAGCCCCGAGUUCCCAUCGGAAGCCCAGGCGUCGGAGUGCCAAGUCAAAACCCUCUUAAUAAACGUGAGCUCGUC